UCGCUGAUAAACCCCAUCGAAGAAGAAUAACACGUCCUAACGUCUUGUUGAUGUUCCUGAAACGCUAUGAGAUAGACAGAACCGCAAAGCAUCAGAUAUGAAGGAGGCACGUACAAUGAUUUCACGAUCUAAAAUCGAACCCUGUGGCAGCACUGCGUGGUGUCAACGACACGAGAUAUUCGAGCUCCCCCACGUACCCAAAUUGCCAAAUUAGCUAGCUAGCGCCGUGUAGCUAACUAGCUAGCUAGCCAACUAGCAGUGGUAGAUUUGAUACCUUCAAGGGGGAAAAUUGCUCAAGUAUUUUUGACUUGCUGCAUGUGGUGUACAUGUAAAGGUCGGGAAUGCAUUUAUCUAAGAAAUGUUCCGCGUUCAAAGUGGUGCUCGGCGCUCUGGUGCUCGUGGCACUCUUACAAAUGAUCUACCUCUCCUUCCUAUCGAAACUGCACGGUAAGCAGCAGCGCUACCGAUACUCAGAGCUCUUCGGGAGCUCUGGCAAGAAAAAUGCCAACCCGGAGAAAAACUCACGGAAAGAGCGUCUCAGGUACUCUCUGUCCACAGGGGGUAUCUUUGAUCCCAGCGGACAAUACCGCGUGUACAAGAACUUGAUAAAAAGCGAUUUCUCUACCAAUCAGAAACCAGGAGCGGAUGCCAGCUCUCACUUCUUGGCCUUAGCAACGCACACAUCCAUCAACAACUUGCACCACCUGAAUUCUUUAGUGGAAAGGUGGCAAAACCCUCUCUCUGUGGCCAUAUUCGCUCAUGGCCAAGAUGUCAAAUUUGCCACAGCCCUGGUCUAUGCCCUCACCAUCUUCUGCCCUCAGAUCCAGGCCUUGGUGGACUUUCACUUGGUGUGCCACUCUGGACAGAUGGCCAGUUUCCCAGAGCAGGACCGGGAGCAUUUCACCGGGCUUGAGGACUGUGCCGCUGUGUUUGCCAGGCUCGAGACGCACCGAGACAAAUACCAGAACUACGCCAUUGGUGGAAAUGGAAACGUCUCCUACCCGAAUAAUCUCCUUCGGAACGUUGCCCGUGGCGGCACGGAAGCCAACUAUAUCCUGGUCAUCGACAUCGAUAUGGCGCCCAGUGCUGACCUCCACCAGCAGUUUCUGGCACUGGUUAUGAGACGUGAACCCGCCACGGACGAGGUCUUCGUGCUGCCCGCCUUCGAGAUCCGCCACGUACGCAAGAUGCCUGCCACCAAGUCGGAGCUGGUGCAGCUGUAUCAGGUGGGCGAGGUGAGGCCCUUCUACGAGGAGCUAUGCCCGCGGUGCCAGGCCCCCACAAACUACUCUCAGUGGGUGAACAGACACAGUCAGGGUUUGGGCCCCCUGGAUGUGGCCUAUACAUUAUCCUGGGUGGACCCCUGGGAGCCCUUCUACAUCGGGCACCGCACCGUGCCCUUGUAUGACGAGAACUUCAGGCAGUACGGCUUCAACCGCAUCAGCCAGGCCUGUGAGCUCCAUGUGGCAGGCUACAGGUUCUCCGUGCUGAACUCUGCCUUCGUGGUGCACAAAGGGUUCAAAGUUCAGGGCGAGUUCCACAGCAGGAAAGACGAGGAGAACCGAAGGAACCGCCUGCUCUUCCGCAGCUUCAAGGAGGGCCUGAAGACCAAGUACCCCUCCUCCCCUCGACGCUGCUGAGGAGACCAGGUGAGAACACUGGUGCCUGAUUGACACUAUACGGUGAAUCAAUGGGUUGGCCUGGUUACGCAGCCACCGUAGUUGCUGGUAUCGUGCUAGGGAUGCUAUCCAAGCCAACAGUACGGUCUGGCCCUAUAGUGUGAUUCAGCAUUGGAUCACUUCUCCCCUAUGUAUGGCUCUAGGGGUUGAUUUGGAGAAGUUCACAAGACUUUUGUCCAUCAAGAAAUCAACAAAUGACUCCCUACACUACAACAUGAGCCAGUCUGGUCCAUCAAUUUCUGCAAAUUUUUCUUUCAUUCAACCCCUGGAGAGACACCUGACUACUAGGGUUUCUUCAUCAUUGUUACCUAUGUAUUUACAGAGGGUGGUCCUAUCAUUUCCAGUGGUUUCCAGUGCCCUCUGACCUUCAUCCAGCUCAAGGAGAACAAAACAUUGAAACUUUUUACUUAGAGUAUUUGUGGCACAGAAUAUUUUGUAAAUAUGACCAUGUUCUAUAUAAGUUGGGACACUACCAUAGAGAGAUGCAGUCUAUGUAGCAGGAAAGAGUGAGUGGUCUGGGUCUACCACUGUUAUGAUACCAGUGUGUUAACUGGAAAAAGUUAGUUAUUUAAUACCUGCAGGAUUUACAAACACUGAUGAAUGUUUAGAGAGACUGUAAAAGCAAUGGAUAAUAUACAUGUUAUUCACUACUACUGACAUAGAUACUCUAUUUAAUUGAAAUGCUCACUUAUUUAUAAAGGGUUAGAUUGUUAUGGUUUGUGAAUAUUUGAAGUGUGAAGUGCUUUGUGACUGAUGUUGUUUUCUUAAAGGUGAUCAGCUGUUCAGGUCACGUUCAGUGUGUAGGCCCUAGCGUCCGUCCCAAAUGGCACCCUAUUCCCUAUAGACUACUAAUAGAACAAUAGGGUGCCAAUCGGGACCUACCCAUAGUCUGCAUCCUGGAUAUUUGGCGUGUGAACAUGUGGUACAGUACUACUAUUUUCUGCACUGACUCGUUAGACCUGUGAAGAACUUACUGUAGCACAGAGAAGCUCUGUACUCCAACCACUAAUAAAUGUUGUUUUUAGUUA